AUGGCCUUUUCUCUGGACAAUGACACCCGAACCCGGGUUGAUGGCCAGGUAUCCCCACAGAUGAGCAGGAAGCCUCCCUUCUCGGUAGACGCUUCAGGUUACGAGAAGAAAGAUGGCGAAACAAUCCCCAGACGCAAUCCGUUAGCGAAAGAUCAGCUCAUCGUCCGGCCCUCGGAUGAGGUCAAGACCAUCUAUGACAAUCUCAGACGCGCAGCUAGGAAGUUUGGCAAUGCCAAAGCUAUGGGUUCGAGGAAAAUCAUCAAGACCCAUGUCGAAAACAAAAAGGUCAAGAAGUUGGUCGACGGCGUGGAGCAAGAGGUAGACAAGAAAUGGACCUACUAUGAACUAAGUGGCUACACCUAUAUAUCCUUUGUCGAAUACGAAAAGCUGGCUCUUGACUAUGGCUCGGGUCUACGCACUCUGGGUCUUGUCAAGGAUGACAAAAUGCAUCUUUACGGUGCCACUAGUGCUCACUGGCUUGGUAUGUCGCAUGCCGCUGCUUCUCAAUCGAUCCCAGUUGUCACCGCAUACGAUUCCCUCGGUGAAGAGGGAUUGAGACAUUCUCUAGUCCAGACCGGCUCCAAGGCCAUCUUCCUUGACCCCAAUUUGAUCCCUACCUUCCUCAAAGUCGUCAAAGAUGCCAAGGCCCUUCAAGCCGUCAUCUACAACAAUGAACCAGAACCCAAGGAAGCUGAUAUCGAGAAGCUGAGGUCAUCCUUUCCCGAGCUUAAAGUUCUCAGCGUGGACGAGCUGAGGAAGGCUGGGGCUGAGAACCCCUCCGACCCUGUCCCACCCGAUGCCGAGGACCUUGCCUGUAUCAUGUACACCUCCGGUUCUACAGGUCCACCCAAGGGUGUAACCAUCAAACACAAGGCUGUUGUGGCCGCAAUGGCUGGGGUCCAAAGUGUUGUAGCUCCCUACAUUUCCCCAGCCGAUGCACUCCUCACCUACCUACCUCAGUCGCACAUUUUCGAGUAUAUGUUUGAAAAUGUCACCCUCUUCUGGGGAGGUACCAUGGGAUACGGAAAUCCCAAGACCCUGUCCGAUUCGUCGGUUCGCAAUUGCAAAGGAGAUAUCAGAGAAUUCAAGCCAACAGUCCUGAUCGGAGUUCCUGCCGUCUGGGAGAGUGUCAAGAAGGGCAUCAUUGCAAAGGUUAACAGUGGAUCUUUCAUCACCAAAAACCUAUUCUGGGGUGCUUUGGCUCUCAAACAAACACUCCUUUCAAGCGGUCUCCCUGGCACUGCAAUUCUUGAUGCAGUAGUAUUCAAGAAAUUGAAGGAUGCUACAGGCGGGCGCCUCCGUAUCGCUUUCAAUGGAGGUGGUCCCAUUUCCCAAGAGACCAUCAAGUUCAUCAGUUACGCCAUCACGCCCAUGAUCUCUGGCUACGGCUUGACGGAAACCUCGGCUAUGGGCUGCCUUCAAGAUCCAUUGGCGUGGGAUCCAACUGCUCUAGGUGAUAUUCCCGGCUGCGUCGAAGUAAAACUAGUGGACUUCCCAGAUGCUGGAUAUUACUCUACAAACAAGCCUCCUCAAGGUGAGAUCUGGAUUCGUGGCCCUUCUGUCACCGAAGGCUACUGGGACAAUGAGAAGGAAACCAAGGAGGCCAUCACAGAAGACAAAUGGUUCAAGACCGGUGACAUCGGAGAAUUCAACAGCAAUGGACAUCUCCGAAUCAUCGAUCGCAAGAAGAACUUGGUCAAGACACUGAACGGUGAAUACAUCGCCAUUGAGAAGCUUGAGUCAUCAUAUCGUACUGCCCCUGUUGUGGGAAAUAUCUGUGUGUUCGCCCAAGAGGACAAAGCUAAGCCCAUUGCAAUCAUUGUGCCGGUCGAAGCAACACUCCAGAAGCUUGCAGCUGCGAAUGGUAUCAAGGGCGAAUCUAUAGAAGAAAUGGCUCACGACAAAAGAGUCAAUGCUCUGGUACUGAAAGAAGUCCAGAAAGCCGGCCGUGACGUUGGCCUCUCAGGAAUUGAACUUAUCGAUGGUGUUGUUAUUGCUGACGAGGAGUGGACACCACAGAAUGGCUUCAUCUCCCCUGCACAAAAGCUUCAGAGGAAGAAGAUCCAGGCCAGAUAUGAGAAGGAGAUUAAACAAGCAUAUGGUGGUAGUUGA